UUCCAUUCUAUCUUAGUUCAGAAAAGCCUUCUUACACACGAGGCUCAAGGCCUUAUGCAAGCUCUUAUCAAUAAGAGGCAGCGUAGAAAGCGAGGCAAGGCUCUGCCUCUAGAGGCAGAGGAGUAUCACGGUGGAGCUAAAUUCUGGUCUCCAAGGAAGGUGAAGGAGGCACGUGAUCGCCAGCUUCAACAAUGGCUUGAAGAAGAGCAACUACAACACCAGAGAGCUGAGGCAGCUCGCCUACGUGAAGUGAAGAAACAGGAGAAGCUUUAGGCAGCUUAACAGAAGCGUGCAGCAAGGGCAGCAACUCAAAUAAUAAGGCAAGAGGAGAAGGCUUAUAAGGCUGCUGAUUGAGCCUCACGACAGGCAGCUCGUAGGACUCAACAACAACUCCAGCAAGCUCAAAAAACCGCCCAAAGAGGCAAGAGGGGAGACCUCAAGGCAGCUACUAAGGCAGGCUCAAAAAAGAGAGCAGCUGCGCAGCCUCAGAGUGGUGAUGAUGCCUCAGGUGCUGCAGCAGGCCCACCACCAUCUCAAUCACGACACGGCCGAGCAAUCAAGCUCCCAGCUAAAUAUAGAUAGCUAUAUAUAUUAAUCAAUACCUAUAGAACUCAACUCUAGAAUAUAUCGCGAUAAUAGCUAUCGUUCGUGGCUCUACAGCCUCAAGUUAAGCUGCUGUUUUGGUGUUCAGGGUGGCUCGAACGGCCGGGCGGC